GAACUGAUCCAUGGGGCGCUGGCCAGUGUGGCCGAAGAACAUCGGAAACAGCACAGGGAGCUGAAUCGAAUCGAUGCCGUGCUGGCACUCUUCGGCGAACUGCACCCGGAGCGUAGCACAUCUGGUCCAGCGAAGCAUGCUGAUGAUGGCGAUUCUUGGAUGGACAGGCCAGUAGAAUUUCGAAAGGCAAAGGAAUUACGGGAUGCUGUGAAUGAGUACACCGCGCUGCUACAGCGUUUAAGCACGAAGAAGCUUGGAUCGUUUGAACAACGGCAUAGCGGUAGUCUUGCGGAACAGCCUCGAAGUGUCUUCAUUGAAAGAACACAAAGCAGUCUUCAAUGCAGUGAUAUGUCCUUGCGUAGUCGUCUGGCAAUGAUAAAUACCACAACAGUGCAAAUUGCUCCGCGCCCGUACACACCCGAUGAGACGAAUUCGAUCAAAUCGUGCUGCUUUUCAACGCAUGCAAAGUCGCAAGAAAUUCUGCAGACUGCGCGGCAAAGUGUGAUGAAUCGGAAGGUGCACUCGGCCAGUGAGCACGGCUCUCUAAUGCAGCUUAUCAAGCCUGCUAGCAAUUUGCUUCGACCACCACAUCCGUUUUUAUUAUCACGGGUUUGCUUUUAG